AUUAACCGGUUAUUAUACAUUACCCAUUAACCUUCUCAAUUCCACACACACACCGUGGAUUCCUUCCUAUCAUUUCAUCCGUCAUCUUCCAAUCCCACCACUCCAUCGGCCCCCAAACCACCGUCAUUUUCCACCACCGCUCAACGACGAAAAACGCAACAACAACGGCAUCAGGAUUGUAGAUUUGCGCUCGGGAGAAUGGGGGACGGAGGCACUACUUUCACAAUGGCGCCGCCGAGUAAUGAAACCGAUGAACCAAAAGACGCCGCUUUGUCCGAUCCAAACUCCUCCGCCGGAACCCUAACUUCACCAUCUUCCUCCUCUAUCACUCCCGGAGAUUCCCUUCCACUUCCACUUCCAACUCUUCCAUUCGAAAUCCAGGUAGAAAUUCUCUCCAGGCUUCCCGUCAAGUACCUCAUGCAAUUCCAGUGUGUGUGCAAAUUAUGGAAAUCCCAAAUUUCGAAACCCGAUUUCGUGAAGAAACACCUUCGCGUGUCAAACACACGCCAUCUCUUCCUCUUAACCUUCUCCAAACUCUCACCGGAGCUCGUCAUCAAAUCUUACCCUCUCUCCUCUGUCUUCACCGAAAUGACUCCCACCUUCACACAGCUAGAAUAUCCUCUGAACAAUAGAGACGAGUCUGAUAGCAUGGUUGGCUCUUGCCACGGCAUUCUCUGUAUCCAAUGCAAUCUCAGUUUCCCUGUUCUUUGGAACCCAUCUAUUAGAAAAUUUACAAAACUACCCUCUUUUGAAUUUCCACAGAACAAGUUUAUCAACCCAACAUAUGCCUUUGGCUAUGAUCACUCCUCUGAUACUUACAAGGUGGUUGCCGUUUUUUGUACAUCAAAUAUAGAUAAUGGGGUUUACCAAUUGAAAACCCUAGUUAAUGUUCAUACUAUGGGUACUAAUUGUUGGAGAAGGAUUCAGACGGAAUUCCCUUUUAAAAUUCCCUUUACGGGAACAGGAAUAUUUUGUUAGUGGAUCUUGUAAUUGGAUUGGCUUUACUGAUUCAGUUUCUCCAGCGGUCAUUGUUUCUCUUGAUUUGGAGAAUGAGUCUUAUCGAGCGCUGUUGUUUCCUGAUUUUGGAGAGAUGAAUGUGGAAGCUUUAACCUUAGA